AUGCGCUAUUAUGAGAGCUAUGUGACCGGAAUGUAUUUGGCGACGAAAAUUAUGUAUGUGGGAAAUAUUCUCACUAAUCUCGUGCUGGUGAAUAAAUUUCUCGAAACGGACGACUAUUCCAUAUACGGCCUUGGAGUGUUGAGGGAUCUGCUGUUUGGCCGAACAUGGAUGGAAAGCGGCAAUUUCCCACGAGUCACACUAUGCGAUUUCGAGGUUCGCGUGCUAGGCAACAAUCAACGGCAUUCGGUACAGUGUGUCCUUGUGAUCAAUAUCUUCAAUGAGAAGAUUUUCAUCCUCAUAUGGUUGUGGUUCACGUUACUUUUCGUCGCUUCCACCCUAGAUAUGCUCUACUGGUUCAGCAUCUCCAUGUUUCACAGGGUAUUACUUUCCUUCGAUUUCUGUUAA